AUGCCGUCAGUAUACGGAGCAAGAUUGACGACCUUCGAGGACUCCGAGAAGGAGAGUGAGUACGGAUACGUCCGUAAGGUAUCCGGGCCUGUUGUCAUUGCUGAUGGGAUGGCUGGUGCUGCUAUGUAUGAACUGGUUCGUGUUGGUCAUGACAAUCUGAUUGGGGAAAUCAUUCGGUUGGAAGGGAAUUCAGCUACAAUUCAAGUGUACGAGGAAACAGCUGGUUUGAUGGUCAAUGACCCUGUUCUUAGGACUCGCAAGCCUCUAUCUGUGGAGCUAGGACCAGGAAUAUUGGGGAAUAUAUUCGAUGGAAUUCAGAGGCCUCUGAAAACUAUUGCAAAGAGAUCUGGGGAUGUGUAUAUUCCUCGUGGUGUUUCUGUCCCUGCUCUUGACAAAGACACGCUUUGGGAAUUCCAGCCUAAAAAAUUAGGUGAGGGAGAUCUUUUGACUGGUGGAGACUUAUAUGCUACUGUUUUCGAGAACAGCCUUAUGCAGCAUCACGUGGCCCUCCCUCCAGAUGCCAUGGGAAAGAUUUCCUACAUUGCACCUCCUGGUCAAUAUUCACUGAAGGAUACUGUGUUGGAGCUUGAGUUUCAGGGUGAAAAGAAGAAGUUCACCAUGCUUCAGACCUGGCCGGUUCGUACACCAAGACCUGUUGCAUCAAAGCUUGCUGCUGAUACCCCUCUCCUCACUGGGCAGCGUGUCCUUGAUGCUCUUUUUCCUUCUGUGCUUGGUGGAACUUGUGCCAUUCCCGGGGCAUUCGGAUGUGGCAAAACUGUCAUUAGUCAAGCACUUUCCAAGUACUCGAAUUCUGAUACUGUUGUGUACGUUGGAUGUGGGGAGAGAGGAAAUGAAAUGGCUGAGGUGCUUAUGGAUUUCCCACAAUUGACUAUGACAUUGCCUGAUGGCCGUGAGGAAUCUGUGAUGAAGCGUACAACACUUGUUGCCAAUACCUCAAACAUGCCUGUCGCUGCUCGUGAGGCUUCAAUUUAUACAGGAAUUACUAUUGCUGAAUACUUCAGAGAUAUGGGGUACAAUGUGAGUAUGAUGGCAGAUUCUACUUCACGAUGGGCAGAAGCACUGCGUGAAAUUUCUGGACGAUUGGCUGAAAUGCCUGCGGAUAGUGGAUAUCCUGCUUAUUUGGCGGCACGUCUUGCUUCAUUUUAUGAGCGUGCUGGUAAGGUAAAAUGCCUUGGUGGGCCGGAGCGUACUGGCAGUGUCACAAUUGUUGGUGCUGUUUCACCGCCUGGAGGAGAUUUUUCUGAUCCUGUCACAUCUGCUACGCUCAGUAUCGUCCAGGUUUUCUGGGGUCUGGACAAGAAACUUGCACAGAGGAAACAUUUCCCUUCUGUAAACUGGCUUAUUUCCUAUUCUAAGUACUCUACGGCGCUGGAACCUUUCUACGAGCAGUUUGAUUCCGAUUUUAUCAACAUUAGAACCAAGGCCAGAGAAGUGCUGCAAAGAGAAGAUGACUUGAAUGAAAUUGUGCAGCUUGUUGGUAAGGAUGCUUUGGCUGAAGGAGAUAAGAUUACGUUAGAGACUGCUAAGCUGCUGAGGGAAGAUUAUCUUGCUCAGAAUGCAUUCACCCCGUAUGACAAGUUCUGUCCUUUCUACAAAUCUGUUUGGAUGAUGCGCAACAUCAUUCACUUCUACAACUUGGCCAAUCAGUCUGUGGAGAAAGGAGCUGGUAUGGAUGGUCAGAAGAUCUCAUACACUCUUAUCAAGCAUCGGUUGGGCGAUCUUUUCUACCGCUUAGUGUCUCAGAAGUUUGAGGAUCCGGCCGAGGGAGAACCUGCAUUGGUGGCCAAAUUCCAGAAGUUGCACGAUGAUCUCACUGCUGGUUUCCGUGCUCUGGAAGAUGAGACCCGGUGA